UUUGUGGCCCAGUGCGAGAGAGUCCGUCGGCGAAGCUAGAUCGUUAACCGUGUGGCGUCCGGCGCUUAAAUUCGACAGUGAGAAGUUACUUAGAAAGUGUUGAAACAAAUUAUUAUUAAAGCAAAUAAAAAAAUUGUUAAAGUCUUAAAGAAGAAAACGCAAGAAUAUGAAUUACAAAAUAUUUCUGGGUCUAUUGUCACUAUCUAUACUGGCAGCUAUCACACCCACCUCAAAUGGCGCUAGAAUACUCUCGGUGUACUCGUUUCCUGGCAAAAGUCAUUUCAUGAUGCAAAAAGCUAUAAUAAAAGAGUUGGUGAGGAAUGGACAUCAGGUCACAUUGAUCACAGCCUUUUCAUUGGCGCCACUCAACUUGGGCAGCAACUAUACAGAGAUACUCAUAGAACCCGUCUAUGAUUUCUGGAAGGAUGUCAAAGAAGAUGCCGGCGCACGUAAUAUCUUCGAGUUCACCACUAUGGAUAUGGCGGGUUUCCUACAGAUGUUACAAGUUUUAGGUGUGGCCACCACCGAGCACGCGCUCAAACAGCCCAAAGUACAGGCCAUCAUCAAUGCCAAGCAAACUGAGAAUGUCUAUGAUUUGCUGCUGGUCGAGCAGUUCUACCAAGAAGCCUUCCUGGCGCUCAGUCAUAUUUAUAAAAUUCCGGUAGUGAGUAGUAGCACAUUGGGCUAUGAGAACCAUAUGAGUCAAAUGUUUGGCAUAGUAUCGCCCUGGUCCUAUGUGCCACAUGGUUUUCUGCCCUACUCCGAUCGCAUGAGCUUCUGGGAGCGUGUACAAAACACCUACAACUCACUCUAUGAGGACCUACAUCGCGAGUAUGUAUAUUUCCCCUUGAUGGAUGACUUGGUGGCGAAGUAUUUCGGACAUUUGCCAAUUAGCUUCCCGAAAGUAACCGAGAUGGAGAAGAAUCUGUCAGCCAUGCUGUUGAACAGUUUUGCACCCUUGACUAGCGCGCGUCCCACCAUAGACGGCAUGGUGCCCGUAGGUGGCAUGCACAUUUAUCCACCCAAAGCACUGCCGACAGAUAUGCAAAAGUUCUUGGACGAGGCGGAACACGGCGUCAUCUACUUCAGUUUGGGCAGCAAUGUGGAGAGCAAGGACAUGCCGCCGGCUUACUUGAAGAUCUUCCUUGACGUUUUUCGCAGCAUCAAGCAACGUGUGCUGUGGAAGUUCGAAAAUGAGAGCAUCACAAAUUUGCCACCGAAUGUCAUGGUGAAAAAGUGGAUGCCACAAAGUGACAUACUGGCACACCCUAAUGUACGCGUAUUCAUCACGCAUGGCGGUUUGCUGGGCACACAGGAGGGCGUAUACCAUGCGGUGCCUAUGCUCGGCAUGCCCUUCUACUGCGAUCAGCACUUGAACUUGAAGAAGGCCGAACUCUACGGUUACGCCAUCAGUUUACACUUUCAAUCCAUCACCCAUGACGUACUAAGGAAUGCGCUCACCGAGUUGCUGGAAAACCCCAGCUAUCGUGCCAACAUCAAACGCAUCUCGAGCAUUUUCCACGAUCGUCCGCUGAAUGCGCGUGACACCGCCGUCUAUUGGAUCGAGUAUGUGAUACGCCACAAAGGUGCUAAGCAUCUGCGCGCUGCUGGUCUCGACUUGAAGUGGUAUCAAUUCUAUUUACUGGACGUCAUUGCUUUUGUUUUUGCUGGCAUUGUGCUAACUCUAUGGUUAUUAAUGGGUUUGGUGCGCUUUAUUUUACGCCGUCUUGGCAAGGGAAGUAAGCAGAAGGAAGUGAAGAAGCAGAAGAGGCAAUAG